AUGUCUAUAUCCAAGUUAGAUUUCGCCGAACUAACCGACAAGACCCUUAUUUCAGACUAUGUCGCCGCUCAUAAUAUACCUCACACCGUCGCAUUCCAUAGGGACACCUUUGAUUCGUAUAAUCUGCCUGCAAUCACGAAGCGUCUCUUCCCCGCAACAUCCAAUCCUGUUCCGAUUCCAUUACUUGCCAAUCAUGUUUGGGUAGCACAACUCGACGGAAACUGGAGACUUGAGCGGUACUCCACCGCCGAGACAUUUCCUGACCCGCCUGAAGGUGAUGUCGACGACGAUGAUUCGGUUCCCACGUUGAACUAUUACCCGCCUGAUGGCCUUCCAGUCAACUCUAGCGUUGACCUGCCCGACGAGGCCCGCAAGCUAGAAGAUGGGAGGUCAGAGGUUCACAGCGCGCUGGCGGAGCUGAGGACGGCGGUCUCAAAAGCCGCCCUCCUAUACACGCAGGCCAGCCUAGCUCUAGAAGAGGAGAGCGCGAAGACUGCGUCGCUCAUGACGUUUGUUACAAGCAUCUGUGGGAAGGCGCACGUGGAGAAGAUCAUGCGGAUAGUGAAUUUGGUAGAUACCAAUGAUGAUGCUAGCGAUCAAGAGAGUGGCGGCGAGUCUGGUGGCAACAUCAAAAGUAGCAAUAAUUUCACGCAGAAAAAGAUCUAG